UGUUUCGGCGCGUUCUCCGCUUUGUGCCUUUUAUUCGUGUUGGUCUGGCGAUCUUGUGUAAUUUUUAAUGCUUUUGUCGUUUUGUUAAAAAAUUUUACUAUACAGUUUGCAUAGCGUUAAGUGUGUUAUUAUUCACAAAAGCAGCAAAGUAAGCAAAGAGAAACGAGUUGCCAAGAGGAGACGAAAAUUAAGUGAACAAACCAACCUUUAAAAAUCAAGCAGUGAAAAAUGGCCGCAAAACCAGAGGACAAGACCACGGACAUACCAGACCGUCUGUAUGAUGCGAAUCAUCGCAAGACAUACAAGCGUAUGCGUUUCUUUGGCAAGGGUGGAUUUGCAAAAUGCUACGAGAUAAUCGAUGUGGAAACCGACGAUGUCUUCGCUGGCAAGAUAGUGUCAAAGAAACUAAUGAUAAAGCACAAUCAAAAAGAGAAAACGGCACAGGAAAUAACCAUACAUCGAAGCCUUAAUCAUCCUAAUAUUGUUAAAUUCCAUAGCUACUUUGAGGAUGUGCAGAACAUUUACAUUGUGCUGGAGCUCUGCAAGAAGCGCUCGAUGAUGGAGUUGCACAAACGUCGUAAAAAUAUUACAGAGUUUGAGACUCGGUACUAUAUAUAUCAGAUAAUACAGGGCGUUAAGUACUUACAUGAUAAUAGCAUUAUCCAUCGGGAUCUGAAGUUGGGAAAUCUGUUUCUAAACGAUAUGCUGCAUGUAAAAAUCGGCGACUUUGGCCUGGCAACGCGAAUUGAGUACGAGGGUGAACGCAAGAAAACGCUAUGCGGAACGCCAAACUACAUUGCCCCAGAAAUUUUAACUAAGAAGGGUCACUCGUUUGAGGUGGAUAUCUGGUCAAUUGGCUGUGUUAUGUACACCUUACUGGUGGGUCAGCCGCCAUUCGAGACGAAAACCCUCAAGGAUACUUAUUCGAAGAUUAAGAAAUGCGAGUAUCGUAUGCCCAGCUAUCUGAAAAAACCAGCAGCAGAGAUGGUCAUUGCUAUGUUACAGCCCAAUCCAGAAAGUAGACCUACCAUUGGACAGCUGAUGAAUUUUGAGUUUUUGAAGGGCUCACAAGUACCUAUGUUCUUGCCCAGUUCCUGCCUAACGAUGGCGCCACGUAUUGGUACGAACGACGCCAUUGAAGAUCCUAAUCAACGCAAACCAUUGUUAGAGCUAAACGGUGUGAGGGAUGACACUCGUUUAGAAUCGACAUUCCUUAAAAAUAAUUUGCAUGAUGCUAUUACUGCCUCAGCGCAAAUGUGUCGCCACAACGAGGACUAUCGCAGCGAUAUUGAAAGCUUGCAUCAGCAGCUAACACAUCUCAUCAACGAAAAGCCGCGUUUGUUGCAAGGUAAUCUUGGUGAUGAGAAUACUGAUCCAGCCGCUCAACCAUUGUUUUGGAUAUCCAAGUGGGUGGACUACAGCGACAAAUAUGGCUUCGGUUAUCAGCUGUGCGAUGAGGGCAUUGGUGUCAUGUUCAAUGACACCACUAAGCUCAUACUGUUGCCUAAUCAAAUUAAUGUGCACUUCAUCGACAAGGAGGGCAAAGAGUCUUAUAUGACCACGACUGACUAUUGCAAGACCUUGGAUAAGAAGAUGAAGUUGCUCUCCUAUUUCAAGCGCUAUAUGACCGAGCAUCUAGUGAAGGCGGGCGCCAAUAAUGUAACUGUUGAGAGCGAUCAGAUAUCGCGUAUGCCUCAUUUGCAUUCUUGGUUCCGUACCACUUGUGCUGUGGUGAUGCACUUGACUAACGGUUCUGUGCAGCUCAACUUUUCGGAUCAUAUGAAGAUUAUUCUGUGUCCACGCAUGAGUGCCAUUACAUACAUGGAUCAUGAAAAGAAUUUCCGUACAUAUCGUUUCUCAACAAUUAUGAAUAAUGGUGUCUCUAAGGACUUAUAUCAAAAGAUUCGUUAUGCUCAAGAAAAGCUUAAAAAAAUGCUUGAAAAGAUGUUUGUCUGAGCACGAGCUAAGAAGAAACAGCAGCCGGCUGACUACAAAUAUAUGCCUAGUUUAAGAUAAUUCAUCAGCACAAACUCUGUCAUGCUUGCAACCCCCAUGCGAUUUACUUCGCCAUCCUUUUCUCUAAUGAACAAACAUUUUUUAAAUUUUGGUUCUUGUUUAAAGUGCUUUGCUGUUACGUGUUUAAGUUAAAAUUUC